AUGGAACAAUCAUUGAUCAAGAGAACUGAUGGAGCCACGGAGGCCCCCUGUGAGGCAGCAGCAGCUGCUGCUGCCGCUGCUGUUGCUGCUGCUGUUGCUGCUGCUGGUGGUGUAAGCAGCAGCAGCAGCAACAGCAGCAACAGCAGCAACAGCAGCAGCAGCCAGGUAGCAGUCAGCAAGCAGCAGCAAGAGUCUGCUGCUGCAGCAGUACGGAGUACUGCAGCAUCCGGUGAACCGCCGCCGCCGCCGACAGCAACAACAGCAGCAACAGCAGCAGCAGCAGCAGCAGCAGCAGCACCCUCAGCAGCAGCAGCAGCAGCAGCAGCAGCAGCAGCAAGGGUCAGCAGCAGCAAACCAGGAGAAGAUGUACAGUGGAACAGCCUCCUAUCAGCAGCAGACACAGCAGCAGCAGCAGCAGCAGCAGCAGCAGCAGGGGGAGGAACUGUUGCUGCUGCUGCUGCUGCUGCUGCUGCAGCUGUUGCUGCGGGAGACGCCAGCCGAGCAGCAGGACAGGCUACGCCGCAUGCGCAGCAACCCUACGAUCUGCAGCAGCAGAGGCAGCAGCAGCAGCAGCAGCAGCAGCAGCAGCAGCACAAUAUCGGCAUCAGCAGCGGGCUAUCCAUUCAAGGGCUCAACAGCAGCAGCAAAAGCCCAGAAGAUAGCAACGCAGGCAGCAGCAGCAUGAAGCAGAAGCAGCAGCAGCAGCAGCAGCAGCAGCAGCAGCAGCAAUCGCAACGACAGCACCGGCAGCACAAUCGGCAGCAGAGGCAGCAGCAGCGUGCUCAGCAGCAGCAGCAGCAUCAGCAGCAGCAGCAGCAGCAGAACUUCUACAAGGGCAGGGGGGCGAUGCUGCUGCCGAAUUACAACGGCAAGAAUGCGUUGCAGCAAUCUGCUGCUGCUGCUGCUGCUGCUGCUGCUGCUGCUGCUCCAGUUGAUGUCUGCAGCAGCAAGCCCGCUCCCCCGGGGCCCCUUCGUGGGCUUUCAGAUUCUACUAUGACGCCAGCAGCAGCAGCAGCUGCUGCUGCAGCAGCAGCAGCAGCAAACAACACCGUUCCUGCUGCUGUCGGGAUGCCAGCAGCAGCAGCAGCAGCAGCAGCAGGCAGCGGCGCGCAGCACUUCUGUCUCCCCUGGGGUUAUACAAAGCCUGUGCUCCCGCCGUGCAGCAGCAGCAGCAGCAGCAGCAACAGCAGCAACAGCAGCAGCAACAACACAACAGCAGCAGCAGCAGCUGCUGCUGCUGCUGCUGCACUGCGAGCCACAAGACCCCCAGCAGCAGAAGCAGCAGCAGCAGCAGCAGCACUGGGUAGGGGCCUGAGUUUCGGGGGUGUAAAGACAGCUCCUCCUCCCCCUUCUUCUUCAUCAGCAGCAGCAGCAGCAGCAGCAGCAGCAGCAGCAGCAAUGGGUUUUCGUAUAGAUGGAUGCAGCAUGGGGGCCCCCCAGGGGCCCCUAAAGGACCUUCGGGGUGUACAGACAGCUGAGGGCCUCGCAAACAAAUAUAGGGCCCCCUUUGUGUCAGCAGCAGCAGCAGCAGCAGAAGCAGCAGCAGCAGCAGCAGCAGCAACUAUCCCUCCUUACUGUUGCAACACAGAAUAUGAUAAGCAGCAGCAGCAGCAACUGCAGCUGCAGCAGCAACAGCAGCAGCAACCACAGUACCAGCAGCAAAGACACUGCUUACCUAGGGGACCUGCAGCAGCAGCAAACCCCUGUGCCUCUCAUCAGCAGCAGCAGCAGCAGCAGCAGCAACAGCAACAGCAGCAGCAGCAGCAGCAGCAUUUCACGGGGCAGCGGAGGAACUCAGACUUCCCGCAGCAGCAGCAGCAACAGCAGCAGCUGCUCCUUUCGCAGCAGCAGCAGCAGCACUUGCCGCCGCCACCGCCGCCACCGCCCCCACCCCCGCAGCAGCAGCAGCAUCACCAGCAGCAGCAGCAGCAGCAACAGCAGCAGCUGCCGCUGCUGCAGGAGCAGCUGCAGGGGCUUUGCAUACCAGCAGCAAAGGGGGGGUACUCCGUUUCUUCUUUUUUCAGCAGCAUCAGCAGCAACGAGCAGCAGCAGCAGCAACAGCAGCAGCAGCUGCAGCAGCAGCAGCAGCAGCUGCUGCUGCUGGGGGAACCAACAACAGCAGCAACAGAAGGAGAUGAAGAGACAGGGGCUUCACAGUUGACCCCUGACAGCAGCACGAGCAGCAACAGCAACGACAACAAGAGCAGCAGCAGCAGCAGCAGCAGCAGCAGCGGAUCUACCGCAGCAGCAGCAGCUGUUGCUGCUGCUGCAGCUGCCGCUGCAGCUGCAAGGAAAAGCGAGCAGCAGCAGCAACAGCAGCAGCAGCAGCAGCAGCAGCAGCAUAAAGGUUUAUGGUGCGGCUCUGUAAUGGGGCUGCAUGCAGCAGCAGCAGCAGCAGCACCGCAGCACCGAAGUUGUUGGGCGCAGGCAGCCCACGACCUGCAGCAGCAGCAGCAGCAGCAGCAGCAGCAGCAGCAGCAGCAGCAGCAGCAGCCGUUUUGGCUGCCUUCAUUAGAUUCUCUAGAUGGGGAUACAGCAUGGCAGGGAGGAGACAGCAGCGGAGACCUUCCUGCUGCUGUUGCUGCUGCUGUAGCUGAAGCAGCGAGUGUUGCUGCAGCAAACAGCAGCAGCAGCAGCAGCAGCAGCAGCACAAGUACCAGUAGCAGCAGCAGCAGCAGCAGCGUUCCCUCUAAUGAUAGAAGACGGGGGAAGCAGAAUCUAUUUGCUGCAUUUCAGAGUGAAAGAAACGCAGCAGCAGCAGCAGCAGCAGCAGCAGCAGCAGCAGCAGCAACACCACGAGAUAUGGGGGAGCUCGCGCAGCUGUCUCCUACUGCAGCACUAAUUGCUGCUAUUUGGGGGGCAGAAGAACCCUCCUCUCGUCCUGUUGCUGUCUCUAAGUAG